ACAUACUUGUGAAGCAGCAGAUGAGCAGACACUUGACGUGGAUCCAUUGGGUUUUACAUCAAUAGGUUAAAACAUGCAGGUUAAAUGAAGAACUUUGUGUAAUAUCAUCUAUUAGUAUCAUGUCAGAUGGAGUUGACGGUGGUGGUGGGGAAAACGAGAUAGAUUCUCAUUCCUCUGUUAAUGCAGAAACAGGUGACUUAAUUAAUCAUAGAGAAGAUGAAGCUUUGGAUCCAGAUAGUGAAACUGCCUUAAAUACAAAUUAUGAUAGUAGCGACGGAGCCGUACCUGUAUUUAGAUGUGAUCGAUGUGAUAAUUAUGAAACUAUAAAUAAAACAGCUUUGUGUGCACAUCAAGAUCAAUGUUUAGUAAGUGGAGAAACACCAGAAAGUGCAGAGGGUAUAGAAGGGCCAGAGAAUGAUGGGGAUGGAGAAGAAGGACAUUCUGGUCAUAGAUCUCAUCGAAAAAUGUUCGAAUGUGAUGUUUGUAAUAUGAAAUUUUCAAAUGGAGCUAAUAUGAGAAGGCAUAAGAUGAGGCACACAGGAGUAAAACCAUAUGAAUGUCGAGUAUGUCAGAAACGAUUUUUCAGAAAAGAUCAUCUUGCCGAACACUUUACGACGCAUUCAAAAACGUUGCCUUAUCAUUGUCCAAUUUGCAAUAGAGGAUUUCAACGACAAAUAGCUAUGAGAGCUCAUUUUCAAAAUGAACAUGUUGGACAGCAUGACAUGGUCAAAUCUUGUCCUUUAUGCCAUUACAGAGCUUCCACCAUGAAAUGUCUCAGACUUCAUUUUUUCAAUAGGCAUGGUAUAGAUCUCGACAACCCUGGCCCGAAUAGUUCAACUUCGCUUAUGAAUAGCUGUUCGCCUGGUGAGGCCAUGUCUUCGGCGCCGCUUUCGGAUAGCGGUGACAGUACUGGUAAUCGGUCGGCCGACAAUGCAACGCCUCCUAUGCACUUUCUCACGCCUCACGUCGAAAUAUCCAUUCCAUAUCCAGAACAAACUAGUGCAGUGCGUAAUCCAAGUCCAACACCCUUAAACGGAGAUAGUCCUAACAGUCCGCAAAGUGCCGAUAGUAAUAGUAACGCCCCAACUAGUAGUCAUCACCAGUUACCGAGAAAUAUCGCAACUACUCACAGUAUUGGGGAUGGUGAACAGAUCAUAACUCCCUCAAUCUCAUUGAUACCAAUAAAACAGGAGCCAAAUAGUAAUGGGUUGCUGGAAGAAAAUGGUGCGACGUCCAGUAAUCUAACAUUACCGUCAUUAAUCAAGGUAUCGCCCUUAAAAUCCCUGCUUCGCGACGACUUGCGCCGUAAACUUUCCAGUAGUUCUAACAACAAUAACAACAACAACAAUAAUAGCAGCAACAAAAAUAAUAAUAGUGGUAACAAUAGCAGCAGCAAUAGUAACAGUAUCAACAACAAUGGCAAUCCUCAUUCGCAUGGUGAACCACCCACAUCAACGAGACCUGAUCCACGAAACAGUGGUCUCCAAUGCAGUCAUUGUAGAAUAACUUUCCCAGACCAAACUCUUUAUUUUUUACAUAAGGGUUGCCAUAGCGAGAGCAAUCCAUGGAAAUGCAAUAUAUGCGGGGAACAAUGUUGCAAUCUUUACCAAUUUAAUUCACAUUUACUCAGUAAGAGUCAUCAGUAAGCAAAUGUGUAUAGACAGCUUCGGCUUUUAGAAUAAGCCCACUUUUUCCUUAUUUAUAUUCUCAAAAUAGAUAGAGUAAGUUCAAAAACAAGAUUGCACAUCUAUCUAUUAUUAAUGAGCAAUGGUAGUAAAAGGCAAAACUUUUUACAUUAAUCAUUUCAUCCUGUUUUAACAAAAAUAAUGUUACUUUCUUUUGUUAAUCAUCUUUAUGACAUUAAUAUCUUGAAAAUCUUUAAUGACUUUCGGUUGUUAUACAAUGAAUGGAAAAUUAUUUG